GUUCGUUGUGAGGAGCUGAGACUUCACUCUCUUGCACAAUGACGCUGACUCAAGCUGAGAAGGCCGCCGUGGUCACCAUCUGGGCGAAGGUGGCUCCCCACGCUGACGCCAUUGGGGCAGAAUCACUGGAGAGGCUUUUCUCCAGCUACCCCCAGACGAAAACCUACUUCCCACAUUUUGAUCUCAGCCAAGGUUCUGUUCAGCUUCGUGGUCAUGGCUCCAAGGUCCUGAAUGCUAUUGGGGAAGCCGUGAAGAACGUUGAUGACAUUAGAGGCGCUUUGGCCAAACUCAGCGAGCUGCAUGCUUACAUCCUUCGGGUGGACCCAGUGAACUUCAAGCUGCUUUCCCACUGUAUCCUGUGUACUGUGGCUGCUCGCUAUCCCAGUGAUUUCACCCCAGAAGUUCAUGCUGCAUGGGACAAGUUCUUGUCCAGUGUUUCCUCUGUUCUGACUGAGAAGUACAGAUAAAUGACCUUCACAGAGGGUGAGGGUUGCAUGUCCAUGGCACACCACAGCUGCCAGGCUUCGGGGUAUUCACUCCUUCUUACGCAGUCCUCUCAAAUCCUCUAUAACGGGGUUCAGUCAUCUGCAAAACCCAAUAAAUAAU